ACCCAGGCCUGCUUUAAAGUAGUUUUGUGCAAGCCGCUAUUGUGUUGUGAUAUUUUAUCCACAUUUCGGUGGAUUUGAAAGGUUAUUCCGUCAACUCUAUUUUCAAUGUGUAUGGCUAGAGUGGAAAACCCAUAUUUUCGGACGCGACUGUAAAUUCCUGAGAGAAGUCGAGAAGUUCAAUGAGGCAAACUAGAAAUCGGCCCGAGCCGGGAUUAAAUAUUUUUAACCUGAGGACGCGUCAAAGAGGAUCAAAAGAAACAAACAUUAAAUUUCCCCAGGCUCUUGAAACUGUUGAAUUGGUUAUUAAGCGACGAAAUAGUUUUUCAGUACUUUGGUGAGACAGUGCUCGCAUACAUGGAGUUCCAUUUGGACAGCUCAGAAUACUGCCAGGCCCAACACAAAUAAAUUCGAAAAAAAGGGAGGACAAAUAGCGUAUUUUGAAACAAUUGAAUUUAGUCAUUUGUAUAUUAUUGCCACCGUAUUGUAUUGGAAAUUUACCUCAUCGAAAGCCAAAUAACAAAACAGCUUGUUUAAACUACUUAAAAUUGAGUUUAACGUCAAGUAGUCGUAGAUUCAUUUGAGUUCUUCCCUGAAUUUUUUCAGAAGCAUAUCAACUACAAAUUAGUGUAUAUAAAAGUAAAAGUUCUAACUACAAACUAACAUACACAUUAACUUGUUUAAAAGACUGAAGUAUUUCUCUAUUAUAUAUUAUUUUUCCUAAAAACAGAUCCCUAUAAAUUUAAAACAAAAUAAAAAAAAACUUUAAAAAUAUUUUAAAUAAACGUUCAGUAUAAAAAGAAGAAGGAACAGAGAACAAGAACAGAUUAGAAACCCAGUGAUAAUAGGAAAAAAAAAGGAUAUUUAACUGAAGGAGGCAUCGAAAAAAGUUAUGAUCACUAGUGUACACAAUUCGAACGCGGGCCAGGUUGCACCUAUAAACAUUGCAGCCAUGCGCCAAAAGGACAUAAGACCCGCCGCUGCCGAGAUUGAGCACAAGGGCUUCAAGUUCCUCAUCACUGACAGGCCUUCCGACCAAAAUAUACACCUGUAUAUCCAGGAGCUCAAGAAGCACAAGGUGACCGCGGUGGUCCGCGUUUGCGCGCCGUCCUACAAAGUGGACGAGCUGAACAACGAGGGCAUCGAGGUGAUCGAUCUCGGCUACGACGACGGCACCGCACCGCCGAACAACAUCGUCGAGGGCUGGAUCAAGGUGCUGAAGAAGCAGUUCCAGGAGAACCAGGAUGCGUGCGUGGCGGUGCACUGCAUCGCCGGGCUGGGACGGGCGCCGGUCAUGGUCGCCAUCGCUCUCAUCGAGCUUGGACUGAGAUACGAAGAGGCUGUCGAGUUGAUCCGGGAGAAGCGUCGGGGUGCAAUUAACGCGAAGCAAUUACGCUUUUUGGAGAAAUACCGUCCCAAGCAACGGCUAAAAUCCAAAAAUGGGCAUAAGAACUCGUGCUGCGUACAGUAAAAUAAUCUGUCAUAUUCAUAUGUGUUCAAUAAUUUAAAAAAAAAAAAAGAUACAACAGGGCACUUUAUAAAUAUAUAAUAUAUAUACAUAAAAAAUAAUAUAUAUUCAUAUGUAGUCGUUAUGUAUGCAUAUAUAUAUCUGUGAGAUAGAUCCACAUGCAAACAACUUUUAUUGUUUGUGGAUGUAUAAGUGUAUAUAUACAAAACUUUUCAGUAUAAUGUGUGAAAUACGUAAAUAUGCUUAUUUUGUGUAAAAUGACAGAAAACAAUUUUUUGGAACAAAAUUCGAGUUGUUUCAUUUUCGGUCGCGUCUAACUUCUGGUAAAACGAGUAUUUAUAAAAUUCAGAUUAGUUUCCAUUAUUUGUUAAUUUACAUUAUUAUUGAAAUAAAUUUAUUGCAAAUUCGUCGCAUUUGUUACAUGGAUAAAUCGUGCAAGUUUCUAAUUACUUGUUAAUAUUUAUUGAGAUUGUUCAUAAAAAUUGUUUUUUAAACGACAUUACUUUGACGAGUAUAACUAGUUUUUGUUUGUAGGUUAACUUCACAAAGUAUAAUUUAUUACUUACUUGUUAAUUGUAGUUUUUUUAUUUUAAAUGUCAGCAGCUUUCCAUUGUAUAAAAUGUAUUUUAAAAUGCCGUAUUUCGUUAACAAUUUUAAUUAUAUUACGUUGCUUCGUUUUUACCAAUAUUUUUAUGUUCUAUCCGAUACAUUACAGUCAUUCAAUCACUUAGCUUUCACAUUUUUUAUGUAGUUCUCUGGAAAAAUAUAUUUUAUUAUUAUGGGUAUACAAUAAUGACUUUUAUUCUAUCUGGAAACAAUAAAAAAAUUAAUAAAAUAGUUAUACAAUAAUAGAA